CUAAUUUAUUAACCACAAACCGUAAGAAAACUCCAUUUACGUUGAACAGAUGGGCCUAAGCUCUGUAUCGGCCCAUAUAAACUUCUCCAAGUAACAGAAACGCCGACUGUCUCGGAAACCGUCACGUGUCAUCCACGUGACGAAUCCUCACUCUCUUUCGCUUCCUUGGCUCGAACGGAUACUCAGAAGACACAUCGUCUCGCUUACGCAUUCUAUCGAACCGUUUCCGCGCACAAAAAAAAAGAAGCUACGAGACUAUGGGACUUUCGCAUGCUCAUCGACUGAAUACAUCUUCUUCUUCUUCUCGCUGAUAGCCGAUGAGGAAUGUCGUCGUCGUCAUUGCUUUCCGCCAUCACCGCCGCGUCUCGCCGCUCAAGAGAAUUAUAACUUCACGUGGUGACAAACGUAUUGGCUUUAACCAUGGGGGCUGCUUAUGGAGAGGGAGGGAUGAUGCGAAUAUAUCAUGGAUUUCACCAUUUUACUUGCAACACAGAACGUAUUCGAGGGAGUUCACGAGUGUUCACGGUGGAAGACCGACGGCGGAGUAUGCAAAGUUGAGGAGAGAAUCUCUUGAAAGUGAAUUUGGAGAAGCUCUUGGAACGUAUAGCACGAAAAGUUUCUCUGCAGCGUAUCGUUUUGGGCCCUUUUUGGCGUUAUAUAGAGCUGCAAUUAUUUCGUUUCAUGUGGUGAAGCUUGCAUUUUGGCAGCUCUUUGUAAGGGAUAUGAGGAAACGUGCUGUCAAGUUUCGUGAGACUCUUAUCAGCUUGGGGCCUUUCUACAUUAAGCUUGGACAGGCGCUGAGCACGAGACCAGACAUAUUACCCUCUAUUUAUUGUCAGGAGCUUUCAAAAUUGCAGGAUCAAAUUCCUCCAUUUCCAACUAGUGUUGCCAUGCGAUGUAUUGAAGAGCAACUGGGUGCUCCGGUGUCGAAACUUUUUGCAGAUAUCAGUCCUAAGCCUGUUGCUGCUGCAUCUCUGGGCCAGGUAUACAAAGGUCAUCUGCAUUCUGGACAGUUGGUAGCUAUUAAGGUUCAAAGACCUGGAAUGUCAAUAUUGCUAACACGUGAUGCCCUCUUAUUCCAUAUGAUCGGGGGACAACUCAAACGAUUUGCCAAAGCCCGUAAGGAUCUUUUGGUAGCAGUGAAUGAGAUGGUCAGGCAUAUGUUUGAAGAAAUAGAUUACGUUCGAGAGGCAAAAAAUGCAGAACGAUUUGCUUCUUUAUAUUCUUUUGAUUCAGGGAAUGAUCAGAUUGGUGAUAACGCUGGAGCUAGGAAUAUGUCCAGGAACCAUAGAGCAGAGAACAUUAAAGUUCCUAAAAUACACUGGAAUUUUACGCGAACCGCGGUUCUCACAAUGGAAUGGGUUGAUGGCAUAAAACUAACAGAUGAAAUUACGCUGAAAAGGGCUUCUCUUGAUAGAAGGGACUUGAUUGAUCAGGGCCUCUCCUGUUCGUUAAAGCAGCUGCUUGAGGUUGGAUUCUUUCAUGCUGAUCCGCACCCAGGAAAUCUUGUGGCUACUAAAGAAGGGUCUCUUGUUUAUUUCGACUUCGGGAUGAUGGGGAAUAUCCCACGCCAUUACCGUGUGGGACUUAUUCAAAUUCUGGUGCAUUUUGUCAACCGUGACUCUCUAAGUUUGGCGAAUGAUUUCCUUUCCUUGGGAUUUUUACCUGAAGGGGUCGAUAUACAAGCAGUUUCAAAUGCUUUGCGUUCCUCCUUUGGUUCUAGUACUAGAAUUUCACAAGAUUUCCAGGGGGUGAUGGAACAAUUAUAUGAUGUUAUGUACGAGUUCAAUUUUUCGCUGCCUCCAGAUUAUGCUCUGGUGAUAAGAUCCCUUGGUUCGCUAGAAGGCACUGCAAAGAUUCUUGAUCCAGAAUUUAAAGUGAUCGAGAGCGCGUAUCCAUUUGUUAUUGGGAGGCUAUUAGCAGAUCCAAGCCCAGACAUGAGGAAAAUACUAAGGGAACUUGUCAUUUGUAACGAUGGAUCAAUAAGGUGGAAUCGCCUUGAACGCCUAGUAGCAGCAAUAUCCGAACAGGCCUCUGCAACUUCCGGAGAGUCUCCAGAAGACAAAACACUGAAGAAAUCAUCAGAACUUAAAUCAUUCGACGUGAAUUCAGUAGUGUCCGCGACAGAGGAUCUGUUAUUGUUCAUAUUAUCAGAGAAAGGGCAGAGAGUUAGGGUCUUCCUUCUUCAGGACAUAAUCAGAGUGGUUGAUAUAUUCCUGGAAGAAGAGGCUCUUUAUUCCAACUUGAAGAAGAAGCAGACCAUCAAUCUCAGGGAAGAAGGGACAAUGAAAAGAGUGAGAAAUGGAUUCAAAGGUCUGAGCGAAGCCGUGAAGCUAGCACCUGGAAUGUGGACAGCAAUGCUUCUACGGAUGUCAAGGAAACCUGAGGUUCAUAGUUAUGCUUUAGAUAUUGUUUAUGCAUUGUCUUCACAUUUUGGACACAAAGUGCCACACACUUUUUGGAUCCUUUUAUCCAAACUGCUCCAUCGCAAUAAGUAGCCAAUAAAUUAUUUUAUACGUUC